AUGAACUUUCUCAUCAACCCGGAUGUGCCCGAUGCAAUCACGCACGCGUGGCACGAGUGGCACGUGCUGCCGGGCAUGAACGACACGGCGCUUGCGUCGGACCCGGCGACGUGGGCGGCCCGCAUCGACGGCUGGAAGUCGCGCGAGCCGCUCUUCAUCGGUGCGUGGACGCUCGGUGUUGGUGCCAAUGCCUCCGCACCAACGACGCCGGCCGACAAGCAGGAGCUCGCGGCCAAGGUAUUGCCGGUCGUCAACAAGGCGCCGCGCGGAUGGGUGUAUGCAAACUGGAAGGUCGCGGACGGCGCGCGCGGCUGGGGCUGGUCGCUCCAAGACGUGCUCAAGGACGGCGUCAAAUUACCGUAA